AUGGCUGUAUUUGGCUAUGGGCCAUGGGAAAUUCCACUGCUUGCAAAGGCUGUGGGUGUUGACCCCUGUUACGCCCCUCCCAUCUCCACUCCUCCUCUCCUCCCAUCUCCACUCCUCCCAUCUCCAAUCCUCCCAUCUCCACUCCUCCCAUCUCCAUCCCUCCCAUCUCCAUCCCUCCCAUUACCACUCCUCCCACCUCCAUCCCUCCCAUCUCCACUCCUCCCAGCCUCCCAUCUCCACUCCUCCCAUUUCCACGCCUCCCAUCACCACUCCUCCACUCCUCCCAUCUCCACUCCUCCCAUCUCCACUCCUCCCAUCUCCAUCCCUCCCAUCGCCACUCCUCCCAUCUCCACUCCUCCCAUUUCCACUCCUCCCAUCUCCACUCCUCCCAUCUCCACGCAUCCAAUCUCCACUCCUCCCAUCUCCACCCCUCCCAUCUCCACUCCUCCCAUCUCCAUCCCUCCCAUCGCCACUCCUCCCAUCUCCACGCCUCCCAUCUCCACUCCUCCCAUCUCCACUCCUCCCAUCUCCAUCCCUUCCAUCUCCACUCCUCCCAUCUCCAUCCCUCCCAUCUCCACGCCUUCCAUCUCCACGCUUCCCAUCUCCACGCCUCCCAUCUCAAUCCCUCCCAUCGCCACUCCUCCCAUCUCCACGCCUCCCAUCUCCACUCCUCCCAUCUCCAUCCCUCCCAUUACCACUCCUCCCACCUCCAUCCCUCCCAUCGCCACUCCUCCCAUCUCCACCCCUCCCAUCUCCACUCCUCCCAUCUCCAUCCCUCCCAUCUCCACUCCUCCCAUCUCCGUCCCUCCCAUCUCCACUCCUCCCAUCUCCAGGCCUCCCAUCUCCACUCCUCCCAUUUCCACGCCUCCCAUCACCACUCCUCCUCUCCUCCCAUUUCCACUCCCAUCUCCACUCCUCCCAUCUCCAUCUCUCCCAUCUCCACUCCUCCCAUCUCCGUCCCUCCCAUCUCCACUCCUCCCAUCUCCAGGCCUCCCAUCUCCACUCCUCCCAUUUCCACGCCUCCCAUCACCACUCCUCCUCUCCUCCCAUUUCCACUCCUCCCAUCUCCAUCCCUCCCAUCUCCACUCCUCCCAUCUCCGCGCCCCCCAUCUCCACUCCUCCCAUCUCCAUCCCUCCCUUCUCCACGCCUCCCAUCUCCAUCCCUCCCAUCUCCAUCCCUCCCAUCUCCAUCCCUCCCAUCUCCACGCUCCCAUUUCCACUCCUCCCAUCUCCAUCCCUCCCAUUACCACUCCUCCCAUCUCCAUCCCUCCCAUCGCCACUCCUCCCAUCUCCACCCCUCCCAUCUCCACUCCUCCCAUCUCCAUCCCUCCCAUCUCCACUCCUCCCAUCUCCGUCCCUCCCAUCUCCACUCCUCCCAUCUCCAUCCCUCCCAUCUCCACUCCUCUCACCUCCACAUCCUACAGUCUAAAUGUACAUUAUAUGAGGGUUAACUUCAGUUAUUAA